GAGCAGGAGCAGUAUCAGCCUGCUCGUGCUUACCGAUCACCCGGAGCCAGAGCUUAUAUUCCUAUCUUUUACUGUGAAUGGCGCAGGAUCAACGGGGAUUACUGUCACGAAAUAUCUUCCAUUAUUUGAGCACAGUGCUCGGCCGGCAGAAUUCUGUCACACCCUUCUGGUCGACCCUUCAGGGGGUGUGGCUGUCGUGAGUGCGUACACAGGCAAGCUCAAGGUCGUGGUGCUUGACCAAAACGGAGGAUAUGACCGUGACUUUGAUGCAUCAAUAACUGAGCUCAACCUUCUGGACAUCACUUUUGUGUCAACAUCUCGGGAUAUGUAUACCUUGGCAAUGAUGCAUAUCGACUACCAACAACGCCUCCAGCUUCUUACUCGUGACCUUUCUAUUGAGGAUCUACAGCUUUCCCCGUUACCCUCGCCACUCCUCCCCUCACUCCCUGUCCCAGGCAAACUGUUUAGUACAGUCAUGGACGACGAUGGAACCCCUACUAUCAUAUACAUCCCCUCUUACAAUGAUGACGACGAUGAUUUCGAAGGUGGUAUCCUCAUUAUCGGUGGGCGAAAGAUCAUGCUGUAUGAUUUUGUGGACGUCGAAACACGGGCGAAGAGGGAGAGCAAGAAGAAACGUGCAGAUAAGAGGAAAACUACUGGAGAUGCAGAAGCAAAUAAUAAAGAGAAGGGGGUGGAGUGGAAGAAACGGAAAGCUAGAGCCGCAGUAGAAUGGCCAUGGGCAGAAGUUACUGCAUGGUGUCGUAUUGACGAUAAGGAGCGAAAGUACUUGAUUGGGGACCGCUAUGGAAGGCUCGCGUUGCUUUCGAUAAACCUUUCUGGAGGCACGACGCUGACAUUGAUGGCGCUCGGAGAGACAUCUGCAUCAACCACAUUGACCUAUCUUGCUAAUCAAGUUUUCUACAACGGCUCACACUUUGGUAGCUCGCAGUUGCUCCAGAUUACCACUACUCCAUCUUCUGUGCUCGACGCCCCUACAUUGCCUGUUCCAUCCACGAUAUCGACCAUCAACCCUAAUGCACUCAACUCCCAUGUGUCAGGUAGAAACAACGAUGUAUCGGGUUAUAUCGUCGUUGGAAUGGGGAGUUACGUGACCGAGCUGGAGUCCUUCAACAAUCUCGCUCCAAUACUUGAUGCUGUGUUGAUCGACACGGAUGGCAGUGGACAGGUAUGUCAAAUCAUUGUCCACUGACUUCGUGGGCUGAAGUGAUGUAGAACGAAAUUGUAACAUGCUCU